ACCACAAGUCCCUGUUAAAUACAUCAGCUUUUAAAUCAAUCUUUGUUCAAAGUCCAGCGAGUUUUCUGAGACUAGUGCUUCCAGCAGAGAGAACCGAGCAGCUCCUCGCUUCUGGAUCCAGCAAUGGCCUCCCUCAACCCCCGAGAAUGUAAGCUGUCCAAACAGGAAGGGCAGAGCUAUGGCUUCUUCCUGAGAAUCGAGAAGGACACCGAUGGGCACCUGGUCCGAGUGGUGGAGAAGGGUAGUCCAGCAGAGGCUGCUGGCCUCCAGGAUGGAGACAGAGUUCUUCGGAUCAAUGGUGUCUUUGUGGACAAGGAGGAGCACAUGCAGGUUGUGGACCGGGUCAGAAAGAGUGGGAAUUCAGUGAAUCUGUUCGUUCUGGAUGGGAAGGCCUAUGAGAGAGCAGUUAAAACACAGAUAGACUUGAAGCAGCUGGGUCCAAGUCCGAAGCCAGAGUUGAAUGAGAAGCUGUUUCCCACAGGGAGCCCUGGUGGCGCUGAGCCUUGGGCCCGGCCUCGGUUGUGCUACCUGGUGAAGGAGGGGAGCAGCUACGGCUUCUCGCUCAAAACGGUGCCAAGUGUAAAGGGGGUCUAUAUGACUGAUAUAACACCUCAGGGUGUGGCUAUGAAAGCUGGGGUCCUACCUGAAGAUCAUUUGAUUGAAGUGAAUGGAGAGAAUGUAGAAAAUGCCAGCCACGAGGAAGUGGUUGAAAAGGUGAAGAAAUCAGGAAGUCGUGUUAUGUUCCUUCUGCUAGACAAGGAGACUGACACACGCUAUAGAGAGCAGAAGACGGCGGUUAGGAGAGAAACAACCAGUGUGAAACUGCUACCCCAUCAGCCUCGGCUGGUGGAGAUCAAGAAGGGGAGUAAUGGCUACGGAUUCUAUCUGAGGGAUUGCCCAACACAGAAAGGUCAAAGCCCAGGUCAGAUCAUCAAGGACAUAGACUCUGGAAGCCCAGCAGAGAAGGCUGGCCUGAAGAACAAUGACCUGGUCAUUGCCGUCAAUGGCACGUCUGUGGAAAACCUCGAUCAUGAUGGUGUGGUGGAAAUGAUUAGGAAGGGCGGAGACAAGACUUCAUUGUUGGUAGUGGACAAGGAGACAGACACCAUGUACAGACUGGCUCGUUUCUCUCCAUUUCUCUACUAUGAAAGCCAGGAAUUGCCCAAUGGUUCUGUCCAGGAGCCUGCAGCACCUACUCCUGCUCCUCUGGAGGAUGCACACUCCAGUACAGCAGAAGAUGCGGAAGACCACAAGCCCAAACUCUGCAGGCUGGUUAAAGGCGAAAACGGCUAUGGCUUUCACUUAAAUGCCAUUCGGGAUCUGCCGGGCUCGUUCAUCAAAGAGGUACAGAAGGGCAGCCCCGCUGACCUGGCCGGGCUGGAAGAUGCGGACGUCGUCAUUGAAGUGAAUGGGGUGAACGUGCAGGAGGAGCCCUAUGAGAAGGUGGUGGACAGCAUCCAGAGCAGCGGGAAGACUGUCCUGCUCUUGGUUUGUGGAAAGAAGGCCUACGAUUAUUUCCAGGCCAAGAACACCCCUAUUGUUUCUUCUCUGGCUGACCCACUAGAGGCUCCUCCGGACUCCAAAGAAGAACCGCUGGCAGAGUCCGAGAAUGACUCUUCCGUCGUCAAAGAACGAGCCCCCAGCACAGCCUCCCACUCUUCUUCCAGUUCUGAAGAUACGGCGAUGUGAGGAGAACAGGGGUGCCACCGGCGGUCUCUGGGUACUAAGAAUCCACUCUCCAGGAUCGAGCUGCCACCUUUUCCUGUCAGAGAACGCCUCUGGAAACCAGUUCUUGAGUGAUUGUCUUUUGAUGUUAUGUGUUUUUGGGGUGAUGGUACCGAUGGUUUGCCCUGAGUCAGAAUCCACUCGAUGGCCAUGGGCUGGGUUUGGUUGCAGAUGGUUUAUUUAUGUUCAACUUGGAAGAAGCUAAGAGAGGAGCCAUUCUGUUUGGGGUCCUACCUUUCAAGCGUCAGUGUAAUCCCAUUUCUGGGAAGACGCCUCUCAUUGCACAGGCUCCUUGGGCACCAAAGAUGAUUCAUACACUUGUUUGAGGGCUGGGCUGCUAAUUGCAGACGGGCCUACUAAAAUUAUGCUUUUGCAAGAAUGUUAUAGUUGCUAGAAAUAAAUAGCAUUAGAAAUGCCCUCUACACGAACUUUCUCUGUUUAGUGCUAUGGCCUUGCUGGUAGACUUUCAGUGCUUUAACCUUCAUCUGCUCCAAGGCCGGCAGAAACAAUCAACUACAGAAUGAAACCUCAGGAAUAAAAGGCGACUUCUAAGUAAAA